GACGUGUUAGUCUCCGUGACGUCACGCCCGCUAUUAAAGAAAACCACCAAACAGCGGCCAGAAACACACAAACAUCAGCGGACUAACAGCUCGGACCGUCGCGACGGGUUCACACGAAGUCUCUAUAUUCUGGGAGCUUCUCUUUUUGCUCGGAUAAGGAAUCGCUCGUUUUCGGAGAGAUGGCCCAGGAGACCAAUCAAAGCCCCAUGCUCUGUGCCACCGGCUGCGGGUUCUACGGCAACCCUCGGACCAAUGGCAUGUGCUCGGUCUGUUACAAAGAGCAUCUAACACGGCAGAACAAUGGGGGAGUCAGUCCUAUUAGCACAAUGGCAGCUUCCAGCAGUGUCUCCAGCAGUCCUACCUCUGAAUCCUCAGCCAUCCAGAUCAUCGAAGCUACACUAAACAGCUCCUCAUUGGCUAGUGUUGAGUCGCCCAACUCCUCCGCCGCCACUGCUGCCCUUCCUGUCACACAACAGAUGACGGAGAUGAGUAUUUCCUGUGAAGACGAGGUGGUCUCGCUUAAAGUCGAUGUACCUGAGCCAGUUGUCACUCAGCCGACGGCGUCCGCCACACCUCCGAACACCGCUGAAGGAGAAGAGCCCAAAACCCCUGAUGCCUCCAAACCCAAGAAGAACCGGUGCUUCAUGUGCCGCAAGAAGGUCGGCCUGACAGGGUUCGACUGCCGCUGUGGGAAUCUCUUCUGUGGACUCCAUCGCUACUCGGACAAGCACAACUGCCCCUACGACUACAAGGCUGCGGCUGCGGCCAAGAUCCGCAAAGAGAACCCGGUGGUGGUGGCCGACAAGAUUCAGAGAAUAUAAAGCGCUCGCCAUCGCACCUCGACUUUGCGAGAGAUUGGAUACAAGGACUCGCACUUUGACCUGUGAUUCUAAAGACUAGGGUUUUUUUUUUUAAAUUACAGUAUGGGAAAGAAUCUCGUUUCUAAGCCAGUGCAUGAGUGAUCACUUUGAUUCCACCUUUCUUUUGCUUUCUGUUGUUGGUAUAUAAAGCUUCAAGUGCUUAAAAAAAAGGAAUCUCUAUAAAAGGUGUGAAGCCGGAGACAUCUGUUUUAUGUGCUGUGACCUGGAAUCUGAUUGUGGUGUUGAAGGCUGACGUCCGUCGUGGUUGUCAUUAGUUUACUCUGUGAUCGUGUCUCCCGCUCGGACUCUCUGAAGACUGUUACGGCUCUGACCCGAGCGCCGUCAGAGCAGCAGUGCAUGGCUGGCUCAUGUAGCAAAUGGACGCUCUUCUGUUUCCUCCGGGUCAAAGGUUCGGCCCUGCCAUUAUAGAGUCAGCCUUUACAACAUUUAUCAGCCACCUUUUCUGCUUGAGCAUCAGUUAUCCAGCUGUUGGAGUGAUGCUGGGGUUUCCUUUUCAUUCAACUGUGUUAAGUCAUUUUUAAACCGUUGACAGACUCUGUGAAAAUAUAUAAUCCAAUUUGGGUGGUUUAAUGCAGCCAGGCCAGAAUGCUUCAUGAUUAAUUGAGCAACUGCAUCCACUAUACAGUGUCAAGUUCAGAUGAGGUUGGACAUGGCAGCAACACAACUGUUUCUUCAUUCUCCCACAUGAUCCUCGAAGACAUUGAAGUGAAUCAUUUUGAUUAUUUUCAUUGAGUUAUGACACCUAUUCGAUUUAUGGGAUUCUUGAGGGUUUGUUGGACUUUAAAUGGGUGUUUUGCAUGGUUAGUGAAAUGAGUAUUUUACAGGUGACUACAUACUAGAAGUCCAUUUUUUUUCUUUUUGCUCUUUAAUUCACUUUCCCUGUGUGUGUGAUUUUGAUCUUUUCAGUGGGUAUUGAGUGUUAAAUGCAGGUAACUUCAUGCUGGUAUU